CGCUGCUCUGGGUCGUCGAGCUUGUCCUAGAUCGGUUCUCUCUGGGCUCGCAACAUGUCCUUCUUCGCCAAGUUCCUCACGGGCAGUCUCGUCGGCGGCGGCCUCACCUUGUACUACCAGAACGAGAUCCGCCGUACGAGCGCCUCGCUCUCGUCCGACUUGCGCCAUCUCUCGGACCAGCUCGUGCGCGCCGUUCCCGUCGCACAGCCGAGCGUCGCCCCGCCGGUCGCCCAGGGCCCCGUCAUCCCGCAACGGCUCCCCUUCACCGAGGAGCUCAAGGCCCGGUGGAACGAGCAGCUCGGCAACCUGAUCCACAGCGCCCAGGUGACCGACUGGUCGGCCGUCGCUGGCAACGCUUACUCGUCACUGCGGUCGACGCUCGCCGGCGCCGCCGACGCAGCAAAGGACGCCGCGCCGGCGACGGCAGGUGCAGGGGGGGUCGGUGCGGGAGUUGGCCCGAGCUUGAGCGGUGGGCAGGUGGGGCCGUCGACGCCCGAGACGCGGUAUGGAGCGGGGCUGCCGGCAGAGAGGGAGGUCAAGGGCCCGAGGAGCGAGGCGACGGUGGACAAGGCGGUCGAGGGCAAGCCGCUCGCGGUCAAGGAGGGCAAGCGCUGGGUCUAGUCUUGCCGCAGAUUUGCAACAAGCGUCUGUGCAAGGUGCAGCCG